AUGUCAAUCGAAAUCGUCCCCUUGACUCAAGCCGAUAUACCUAGCGCUGUAGACUGCGUGCAAAAAGCAUUUGCCGACGAUCCUUACUUUCGCUGGGUAUUUGAUGAUCCAUCAAAGUUCAAUAUCCAACGAAAUGCAGCCUCUCUCGCCGAUCAUCUCCGAUACGGUAUCAGCUGUGGCUGCCCCAUCUCUGUCGCCAAAGUUACUCGCGCCGCAAAUGAAACCAAGAGCGACAACGAGAUUCGCCUCCCAGCCGGUACCGUGGUCGGUGUCGCCUGGUGGUAUUCACCACAAGCGCCGUCCCUGCCGCAAACCUGGUCCGUGUGGGCUCAGGAUUGGCUCCUCUCCUUCCGCCAGCUCAUGAACAAUAUCCGCUUCUUUGGCCGCGGCGGUCUGAAUGUGCACCGCUAUUGGAUUUGGAAGGAAGUGCAGAAAACCGCACAUGAUGCGAUCUGGCAGGACCCUCGGGGGUAUUACUUCUGCAACGUUGUCGGUGUCAGCUCGCAGGCGCGCGGUAUGGGCGUGGGCAAGAAGCUCAUGCAAACUGUCAUGGAGAAGGCAGAUCGGGAGAAUAUGCCGUGCUACCUCGAGAGCUCCAAGGGGUAUCCCAAUGUGGGUAUCUAUGAGAGAAUGGGGUUUGAGUUGGUCAAGGAGAUUGAAUGCGUCGAUGAAGGGGACCUCUAUUGCAUGACUCGCAACCCGAAGACCAAAGAAUAA